AUGUCCUUGUAUCUCUGCUGUGAUUGCGGUGGCUCCAAGACGUCCGCAGUGAUAUGCGACAGUUCUGGAAAGAUCGUGGGGCGCGCGCUCGGAGGUCCAUCUAAUUUUGCCUAUCAUUCUCUGGAAGCAGUCAUCUCUGCUAUUCGUACAGCCGUAACUGAGGCACUCAAGGAAUGCACGACGGGCCCCUCUGUGGAGCCAGUCUCUUUAUCGCCUAAUUCGCCCAGUCCCUUCGCAGCGGCAUGGUUUGGAAUAUCCGGAAUAGACUCGCCGGCUGCCAUCGAUACCAUCUCUCCUGCUCUUUCGACUCUGCUGGGCAUCCCCAGGGGCCCCAGGCUCAUGGUAGCCAAUGACACCCAUCUCCUCGCAGCGCCAAUCCGUAUGCAUGCCGAUGUGUCGUACGCCGUUACGGUUAUCGGUGGGACAGGGUCGAAUGUGGUGACGUUCCGAGAGACAGCUGGGGGCCAGUUAAAGGAGUUGGGCAGGAUUGGUGGGUGGGGAUGGAUCCUGGGCGAUGAAGGUGGUGGUUUUCAUGUUGGAAGGGAGACUGUGCGCCGACUCUUGUAUGAGCACGACAGUGCCUCUGUUCUGAGUACGCCAGCCAGGGAGAGCAUCCUCAAACAGCGAGUACUGGAGUCGUUCGGUGUCAAGAGCGUUCUGGACCUCUUGACAGAGAUUCACGUACCUCCUGUUCCAUGGACAGACGCUGCAGCUCAUCGUGUCAUGCCUCGAGAGAAGCGACUGUCGUCCCUUGCGCCUCUCGUAUUCAGGUGUGCAUUUGAGGAUCACGACGCCCUUGCCAUCGACGUUCUUCAGACCUGUUCAGGUGUUCUUGCAUCCCAGAUUGCUGUCCUUCUGGGCGAGAAAAGCGAGGCUGCGCCGCGCCUCGUGAGAGCGCAGGAAGCCGUCAUCUGCUUUGGAGGGUCGCUUGUCGGCGUGGAGGCAUACAGGAACAUGGUGCUGAGCCAUCUUUCUGCGCAAGGCCAUACGUUUGCUCAUGUGGAGUUCAUUGACGAUGCCGCCGCUACUGGCGCUCUUGCUUUAGUCAAGGGAUUGACAUUAUUUAUUUAA